CCGGCGUCGCGUCAGGGCUGGCCGGCGGAGGCGAUGGCAGCGGACACGGAGCGGGCUUGAGGGCUCGGACUUGCUCCCUUCCGCGCGACCUCGAGCCCGACCCCGCGUGGCAGCCCCAGCUCGCUCCGCUCCGCUCCUGCUCCCUCCCCUACCGCUGCCUGGGAGGAGGCGGAGGUGGAGUCCCGGGCUGGCCGUCCUGUUCGCGCCCCGGCUCGGCCCCGGACAGCCCGGCAACUGUGCAAAGAAGAGGCCGAGUCGGUAGUGAAAAGAGAAUCCCGAAGAACAGGAUCUCAAGAUGAGUAAAAAGCCCCCACAUCGUCCUGGAAUCACUUUUGAGAUUGGUGCUCGUUUGGAGGCACUGGACUACUUACAAAAAUGGUACCCAUCACGGAUUGAAAAAAUUGACUAUGAGGAGGGCAAGAUGUUGGUCCAUUUUGAGCGCUGGAGUCAUCGUUAUGAUGAGUGGAUUUACUGGGAUAGCAAUAGAUUGAGACCCCUUGAGAGACCUGCAUUAAGAAAAGAAGGGCUAAAAGAUGAGGAAGACUUCUUUGAUUUUAAAGCCGGAGAAGAAGUUCUGGCUCGUUGGACAGACUGUCGCUAUUACCCUGCCAAGAUUGAGGCGAUUAACAAAGAAGGAACUUUCACAGUUCAGUUUUAUGAUGGAGUUAUUCGUUGUUUAAAGAGAAUGCACAUUAAAGCCAUGCCCGAGGAUGCUAAGGGGCAGUUUCUGUUCCAGGUGAAAUCCCAGCAUCCACUAAGCUGGUGUUGUCCUAUCGACCCAGCUGGAUCGUGUAACCAGUCUAUGGGAAGUGAGGAUUGGAUAGCUUUAGUCAAAGCAGCUGCUGCAGCUGCAGCCAAGAAUAAAACAGGGAACAAACCUCGGACUAGCGCUAACAGCAAUAAAGAUAAAGAGAAAGAUGAGAGAAAAUGGUUUAAAGUACCUUCAAAAAAGGAAGAAACUUCAGCUUCUUUAGCCACACCAGAAGUUGAGAAGAAGGAAGAUCUGCCCACAUCUAGUGAAACAUUUGUAGGACUUCAUGUAGAGAACGUUCCAAAGAUGGUCUUUCCACAGCCAGAGAGCACAUUAUCAAACAAGAGGAAAAAUAAUCAAGGCAACUCAUUUCAGGCAAAGAGAGCUCGACUUAACAAGAUUACUGGUUUGUUGGCAUCCAAAGCUGUUGGGGUGGAUGGUGCUGAAAAAAAGGAAGACUACAGUGAAACGGCUCCAAUGCUGGAGCAGGCGAUUUCACCUAAACCUCAAAGUCAGAAAAAAAAUGAAGCUGACAUUAGCAGUUCUGCCAACACUCAGAAACCUGCACUGUUAUCCUCAACUUUGUCUUCAGGGAAGGCUCGCAGCAAGAAAUGCAAACAUGAAUCUGGAGAUUCUUCUGGGUGUAUAAAACCCCCUAAAUCACCACUUUCCCCAGAAUUAAUACAAGUCGAGGAUUUGACGAUUGUAUCUCAGCUUUCUUCUUCAAUGAUAAAUAAAACUAGUCCUCCACAGCCUGUGAACCCCCCUAGACCUUUCAAGCAUAGUGAGCGGAGAAGAAGAUCCCAGCGUUUAGCCACCUUGCCCAUGCCUGAUGAUUCUGUAGAAAAGGUUUCUCCUCCCUCUCCAGCCACUGAUGGGAAAGUAUUCUCCAUCAGUUCUCAAAAUCAGCAAGAGUCUUCAGUACCAGAGGUGCCUGAUGUUGCACAUUUGUCACUUGAGAAACUGGGACCCUGUCUCCCUCUUGACUUAAGUCGUGGUUCGGAAGUUACAGCACCGCUAGCCCCAGAUCCCUCUUACCAUAAUGAAUGCCCCAGGGCAGAAAAGGAAGAUACACAGAUGCUUACAAAUCUUUCUUCCAAAGCAGUAACUGAUGGAAGAGGAGCUCCAACAGCAUCAGGAAUAUCGAAAACAGAAAAAAAAGUGAAAUUGGAAGAAAAAAGCUCAACUACAUUUGGUAAGAGAAAAGAAAAGGAUAAAGAAAGAAAAGAGAAGAGGGACAAAGAUCACUACAAACCAAAGCAGAAGAAGAAGAAGAAAAAGAAAAAGAAAUCUAAGCAGCAUGACUAUUCAGACUAUGAAGACAGUUCCCUAGAAUUUUUGGAAAGGUGCUCUUCUCCACUAACUCGAUCUUCUGGGAGUUCUCUGGCUCUACGAAGCAUGUUUACGGAGAAAAAUACAACAUAUCAGUACCCAAGGGCAAUUUUGUCAGUUGAUCUUAGUGGUGAAAACUUAUCGGAUGUGGAUUUCCUAGAUGAUUCUUCAACGGAGAGCUUGCUCCUAAGUGGGGAUGAGUACAAUCAGGACUUUGAUUCAACCAAUUUUGAGGAAUCUCAGGAUGAAGAUGACGCGCUUAACGAGAUCGUGCGAUGCAUUUGCGAAAUGGACGAGGAGAACGGCUUCAUGAUUCAGUGUGAAGAGUGCCUGUGCUGGCAGCACAGCGUGUGCAUGGGGCUGCUGGAGGAGAGCAUCCCGGAGCAGUACCUCUGCUACAUCUGCCGGGACCCUCCAGGUCAGAGAUGGAGCGCCAAAUAUCGUUAUGAUAAGGAUUGGUUGAAUAAUGGGCGAAUGUGCGGGUUAUCAUUUUUGAAAGAAAACUACUCUCAUCUCAAUGCCAAAAAGAUAGUUUCCACACACCACCUGCUUGCUGAUGUCUGUGGUGUUACGGAAGUCCUGCAUGGGUUACAGCUGAAGAUCGGAAUCCUAAAGAAUAAACAUCAUCCUGACCUUCGUCUCUGGGCUUGUUCUGGGAAGAGGAAAGAUCAAGUAAUUGCUGGGGUAGAAAAACAAUUAAUGGUGCAAGACACAGUAAAUGUGGAAGAAAAGAAAUAUCAUGUACAGAACCAUAAAGAACCACCUCGUUUGCCCCUAAAAGUGGAGGGAACUUAUAUAACAAGUGAACACAGCUACCAAAAGCCACAAAGUUUUGGUCAAGACUGCAAAACUCUUGCAGACCCUGGGAGCUCAGAUGAUGAUGAUGUUAGUAGUUUUGAAGAAGAACAGGAAUUUCACAUGAGAGAUAAAAACCGUUUACAAUACCCAGUAAAAGAAGAUGGAAUACCCAGAAAGAAGAAUUCAGCUGAAAGGAAUACAGUAUUUGUUUAUAAUGAUAAAAAGGGCACUGAAGACCCGGGAGACUCACAUCUUCAGUGGCAACUCAAUCUCCUUACACACAUAGAGAAUGUGCAGAAUGAAGUCACCAGCAGGAUGGACCUGAUAGAAAAAGAAGUUGAUGUUCUGGAAAGCUGGCUUGAUUUCACAGGGGAGUUGGAGCCACCUGAUCCUCUCGCGAGGCUGCCCCAACUUAAACGCCACAUCAAACAGCUCCUAAUUGACAUGGGCAAAGUACAACAAAUAGCAACUCUCUGCUCUGUAUGACAGCAGUGAACACCUAAUGCAAAGAAUGUGGCUCUGUUCAGUCGACUAAUUUUUAUUAUCCACACGGCUGCUAAGUGGAUAGUUAAAAAGCUUAGUGAUGUUUGGUCAUUUACUGAUUUGUGACAUCAAUAGGAUGGCACCUUGGAAAGGAAAAUGAAGAACAACUUUUAUCAAGGAAGCUAAUAUUAAAAAAAUUUAUGAGCUAGAUACAGAUGAUGGUGUGUCAUUUGCCAAGGAUCAGUGGAGGUAGAAUAUAAUCUGUGCUAAGGGAAUCAGAUUGGCAGGAUUUUUGAUUAGUUGCUAACAUGAAGCUCGAGAUCCCUGUAGAAAGAAAUAUGGUGUAUUACAUAGUUUUCAGUAGAAAGAUCUAUGUUUAUAAACCAACAUUUGGCCCAAACCAAAAUUGUAGAGGAAAUUUAAAUUCUGGAGAGUUCUAUAAGCUUGUUGUAAGAACUGUCUUCUCUGCAGUUGAUCUAGCUGCACCAAAGUUUAGAGUAUUGAAACUUUUAUAGCAUCAUGAGCUGUUUCUUAGGUGAUGAAUGUCCUUAAUCAGAAAACUGACAGUAGAAGGCUCACUUCUGAGGAAAAUAGUUGUGGAAUUCUUACUUCAUAAUGAAUAUAUUGUAAAAACAAACAACAAAAUAAUUGGAGUUUAUUGCUGGCAUUAAGCUCACUGUAAAAAACAGAAUGGCUCGCAGAAGGGUCACUGUGCCAAAGGAUGAUGAUACUGCUGGAAAGAGAAUUUUAAAUCCUGUGGGAGUUCUCUCCCCCAAGUCUUACAUAAUGCCAUCAGCCCAUCAGAAAUGCCUCUAUCACAUGUACUAUAUAGAGAAUAUAUACAGUCAAAUUUCAGUAUUCAGGUUUCAACAUACAGUUUGAUCCUGAGUAUGCUUGGUAUUUGCCUUCGGAAAAAAAGAAGUUGUAAAUAACCUCAGCUGGGAUGAGGAGUGACAAAAAUAUCAAAAUAAUUUGUGGCUGUGGAUUUUUUAACUGCUGGUAGUGGAAUACUGGAAAAGCUUCAUUUCUGAAGAGGAAUUUUAUUUUUAAAAAAUACAUACGCACUCAAAACUCUUAGCUUUGAUCACAAUUGGACAGAUUUCUGAAACCAAAGGCAAUUCAGUUGCUGUGUCAGCUCUUGCUGGAUUUCGAGCCCAGGUCCUCCUGUCUGCCAGUGCUCUUGUGAGCUGUGUGCUGCCCCCAGUGCUCUGCGUGCAGGUAUGCGUUAAGUGUGUGUGCUUGUUUGAAACAAACACUCAACGUACAUAUGUACAUAAUCGACACAUAUUUAUAUCUACGCAUAUCUAGUUUUAUUACUAUAGACUAUAAGAAUUCGUGGUUAACAUGAAAUGUUACCUUUUAACAGACUGUUUUUAAAAAUUAAAAAUGUAUGUACAGGUUUUGAAACUUUUUUAAAAAGAGGAAAGAAGACUGUUAGGAGGCUGUUUGAUGACAUAUAACACUUGAAUAUUUUCUGCCUAGUUCUGUUGAUCAGUUCUAGCAAUCUGUAUAAAUGCAUUUUAGAACUGAUGGACAGUAAACUUGAAUUUAUCUUUGAUAGGAAUACAUGCCACUGUACAUUCAGAUAUUAUUUAAAUUUGCAAACACACUGUUCUAUAUGUAAGGUACUGUAUGUAAAACUCUUUAUUAAAACAAUUCCACAUAUCAUAAAAUUUCAGCUUGCCUUUUUGCAGCCUUAUAUUUUGAUGUAAAGAUGAUUAAAAGAAUGUGCAAAACAGUCAUUAGACAUUUUUAUUGCCUUUUGACAUUCUCCAACUUGACAAAUGUGCCAAAGAUCACAGACAUAAAAUACAGCCCUGUUUAUUUACUUAUGAUACAUUAACUUUGUCAAAAAUCUUACUGAGAAAUGAAAAGCUUUAGUAGAGGGAUGGAUAUGAGGUAGUUAUUAAAUUUGCAUAUUAAUGUAAAAAUAAUAGUGCCUAUAUUUCAUGUGUGGAG